ACAGCCAGGUGCUUUGUGAUGGACGUUGUGCACAAGGCUGUGGCUGCCAUGCAGGCAAGAGCUGAGCAGGAAAAGGAGCAGGAGGAUGUGGCCCAAAGCCACGUGGAUGUGUCAGUGGCACCAGCGACGCCAGUAACACUUGAGGACAUCGAGACUCCUAUGGCUGUGGAGCCUCAGGCAGAGCCCAGCUCAGCCCCUUUCACCAAAGCUGCAGAUGAGGCUGGAGAAGUCAUGGUUUCUCCCGUGCCUGGAGAUUAUCAACAGGAGGCCGGCAGAGCUGUUGUCUCCCCAGCACAACAUGAGGAGGAAGUUCUGGCUGCAGUGACGAUGAUCCCUGGGGCAGAGUCUGGGAUAUCUUACCUUGCGCCUGGAGCAGAUGAUGAAGGAGAAGCAGCAGCUUCACCUUUGAGUCAGGGCUCGCAGCCCCAGGAGGAGCCAGCGGCCUUCCCUGAGGAGAACGAUGAGGAGGCCAAGCAGGAACUGGACUGUGUUAGUGACAAAGAGCUGUCCCAAGGGGAAGCCCUCACCAUGUACAACAUCUGCGUCAGCCCUUUGGUGCCAGAGCUCUUCCAGGACGCCCGAGCAGAUAUCCAUCUGGAAUCCAGCAUCCGCAGCAAUGUAGGGGAGGCCCUGGCAUUCUCAGACUGGCGCAACCGGUGCCACCAGCCUGGCCUGGGUGCCACUGGAAUAAAUGAUGUACUUGGCUCCUCCUCGGUGUCCUGA